AUGUGUAUCUUUGUCGAGCGCAAGUAUGUCUGCUACGACCCCGAGGCCGUUGAAGCCGCCACCCAUUCCAACAGCCGCCCUGCCCCGAUUGCCGACCCCUUGAAGCCGUGGAGAUCGUACCAGCAUGGCCAAGUGGUCAACGCAGCGGACCAAAUGGUAUGGCACGUCCUCAAAAGCAGGGUUCGAUGCGCCUGCCUCAACGCCCGUAUGUGCACCCACGCGCCCCGUGAAGUCCGCACCGAGGUCUACGCCAACCGGUCCUGCCCAGACUGCACCGGAUCAGAUCGAUGCGUGUCCCGGCAGCCGCCCACGCUGGUGGCGGUCGAUGGCCACGAUAACCUGGACUACAAUCAAAGAGUGUGGCUCGCCUGCGUCGCGGAGGCGCUUCUCGCACGUGCAAUAGUCCACGAGACCGCUGUCCAUGGGUCUGAUGAGUACAAGGAAAAACUCUGGAUCCGCGACACAGAGGGUCGUAGGGUGCUCAAAGAUGGCCGACGGCAGCCGCAGUUCGUCCUCCAAGAUUACCGUAACAAUCUGCAGGCCGAGAUUGACCAUGGGGAAGAUGUUGCGCAGGACUGGUAUGCCGAUAACCCCGUCUGCAGCAUCCGGGAAGAGGACUGGCUAUGCUUGCUCCAGACUAAGCUAUUCAGCCUGCAGGAUAGCCAGCGUCUGCAGUCCGCUAUCUGGACCAAACGCUUCAGGUACGGCCACUUUGUGGUCAAAACGGUAGCGAACGACCCAGGCAUGAGCAGCGGAAUAGCCGCCAUGCUCCGACAGAUGCUGCCCUGCCUCCUCGAUUCUGAUUAUCUCGUGGAAGGGCAAACAUACGGAAACAACGGUGGUGUCUACAUUCACAGAGUACUCAAGGGCUUUGUCGAGAUGCUUGAUGCAAUACCCGACACACUCACCACUAUCCUUUCACAGCGGAUGCCAAACCGAAUGACUCUGUGGGAGGACUGUCUGGAAAACCGACGGAGGAGAGUGCGCGAGGUUGUGGAGCGGGAGAUUGCAUUCGAUGACUUCCUGGGCCGGCCACGCUUUGCCGUCGAGGGCGCUGUGGUUCAGCAGGAGAACAUUGCCUGCCCUAUCUGCGGUGGCCCGUGGAGCAGGCAAUGGCCCCUGAUGAGGUUGCCCUGCUGCCAACAGGCCGCGCACGUCGUUUGCGUGAAAAAGCACUUUCAACACCAGGACAAGAAGAAGGGGCCAACGUGCCCCUUUUGCAGGCAGGACAUGGUGGAUCACGGUUGGACACCGAUACACCUCCGGUUGACGUUCGCGACCACCUUUUCGGAUGAUGCUGGGCUUGUGCCGUUGCGUGUGUUCGUGCCUCCUGACGAUGAGGAAGACCAAGACGAUGACGAAGACAUGGACAUGGACUUGGGCAUGGGCGAUGACACUGACGAUGACGACGACGAUGAGUUGUAG